AUUGUUGCAGUUCCUGAGAACGCCUUGAUAUAUAAACCAGACUCAUUGAACCAAUUUCAAUUAGUGCAUCAGUGACCAGUGCAGAUAAUCCAAUAUGAAAACGGUGAUUUGUAAUUUGAUGAUUAUUGGACUAACGGCCGCUCAGUAUAGGCCAUACAGUUCUCCAGGAGCUUCAAUUCGAAUUCUCAGUCAAACACAAGAAGGCCCGAAUUCAGAUGGAUCCUACAGAUGGAGUUAUGACACUGAGAACGGCAUAUCAGCAGAAGAAGCAGGUCGAGUGAAGAACUUUGGUAGUCUGCAAUUAGAAGCAAACGAAGCAAGAGGGGGCUUUAGAUAUACUGCUCCAGAUAAUACUCCAAUUUCUUUAACGUACGUUGCUGACGAAAAUGGAUUUCAGCCUACUGGUGCUCAUCUACCAACUCCUCCACCAAUUCCUGUAGCCAUUCAAAGGGCUCUGGACUGGAUAAGAAGUAAUCCGGAUCCUAGGUAUCAGCCAGAAAGAUAUCAAGACAGAUACUAAAAUGGAAUGUUUGUGAUGGAUUGAAAACGAUAUCUGAAAUUUGAAAAAAUAUUCUAAUGAAAUCGUAUAUUCAUUCAUUCUUAUUAAAAACUGGUUCAAUUUUGCAGUCUUGCUGAAUAAAAUAUUUCAAAAAUGUUAAAUAAUUCCUUCAAUGAGUUUUAUAUCAACAUCAUAUAGGGAAAAGGUAUACUUCAAUCAAAUGGAAGAAAAAAUUGUGAUUGAUUGACCUUCCAUGAGAACCAUAGACCUCUUAUGGGAAAAAUAAAAAUACCUGGGAGUAAGAGUACGUUAUUUAUUGAACGACAAUAAAACUAUUAUCGUUUGUUUGUAAAGUACGCUUUGUCUCAAGAAGGAUUUUCAAUGUCACAUAAUACUAGAUCGUUUAUACCUUCAAAUUUACUAAAUAGUUUUAUAUCAAGAGGUAAAUUACUGUAUAUGCUUUGAGGUUCAUGAACAUAAAUUGGAAGGUAUUGGAAACGCAUUGCUACUAAUUAACGUGUUGCCACCGCUUUUUUCACUUUAAAUAAAUUGAAUUGUUGUCUAAUUAGAAAUUACCAGUUUCAAAUGUACAAAAUAAUUCCAAUAAAAUAUUUUUAAGAGCAUGGAA